AUGACUUCUAAUCCACUGGUCUACAAGGAUGCAGAUGCAAAUGGCAGAGCAGCCACUCAGAUCUUCCUGAUAUUUUUUGCAGUAUUGAUAUUCUAUCAAUCGCACUACAUACAUACUGAAUCCCUCACACUGAUUAAAAUGCUAUUAUUCGAUUUAACUUUGCCGUUCUUUGCAAGCACUUUGAGCUACGUUUUAAUGAUUGUACCUGCUGCUAUCUUAGCCACUAAUUGGAACGCAAAAAAACUUUUAUGUCUGAGCAUUGUCGGUAUCGGUCUGUUGCACAUGAUUCGAGCGGUUUUUAAAUUUGGUAUCGAUACAGAUCCCGAGUCCGCUUUAACUUCGUUGGUUUUAUCCGCGAAACAGUUCAUCGUACUUUUUACCCUUGGUAUUGCCCUUAUUUCAAGUAUCAAUAUUUUUGGCUCAGUUGACGUACGAACACACUUCAUUUUUGGAUUAUUCGCCGUGAUGUGGAGUAUUGUGUACGAUUUUGCGGGAUCAAACUGCGACCUGGAAUUCGUAAACGAAGCUCCGUCGUUCAAGCCAAAAAUACCAUGGAGCUCGAUGCUGUCAUCUUUUGCUGUCUGGACAUUGAUUAUGUCUCUCACGACUUCCUUUGCUUUGCAUGAAAUGAUCUUUUCAGACGAAUAUGGAUAUCCAUUUGAAUUACCAGACGCACGGCGUUUAAUGAAGAGCAUGUUGUUGAAGUUCUUAGUCUUAGUUCUGGGUAGUAUUGGGUCGGGCUGUCUGUCGGACGCACUUGUGGCACAAAAAUAUUUAACAAGACUCAGAGCACAAAAGAUCUUCAAUUUCCUUGCCACUUGUGUACCAAUGGCAGCAUUAUCAAUUUUUUAUUCAGUCCAGUUUCCGUUUAUCUCAGAGAAAAUUUAUGUAGAUAGGGAUGAAUUUAUUUAUCUUGUUUUUAUAGGAUUAAUAAGCUUUCAAAGCAGUGGUUUUGUAUUCAACCAUAUGGACUUGAGCCCCUAUUAUGCGGGUAUCCUCAUUGCUAUUACAGAAGCUGCGAAUCAAAUUUUCAAAAGCUUGUUGCUCAUAUUCUUUCUCUACUACGUAAGUAUACACAAAUUUUGUUAA